GGGUGAAUUUCAGAUCACCCACUUAAAAGAGUGAAAACUGUUAAUCAGAUGGGUGACCGUCACCCACUAAUGUGGAUGAAAUUCACCCACUUUUCUAAAUGAAUUAGCGCAGUCACCCACUAAUGGGAUACAUGAAUUUACAGUGUACUAUUCAUUGACAAUUGCGUUAGGUCAUUUAUUAUUGUCUUAUUCCUCUAUAUGGAUGUCCUUAAUUGUUUGUUUACCUGUUCUUUAUUUUCGAUGCAUUAGCGAUUUAGACAAAAAUUUAGACUAAAAAUUUCGAGCAUUCAGUUCAUUUCUUCUGCUGAUAUUGUCCACCUUUUUCGCUCAAAUGACUUUAUUUCAAUAAUUGCGUGAAAUGAGCGAAGUGCUGUGUUUCAAAGUGUGAGAAAGAAAACGUAAAAGUUUCAAUAAAGAUUUCGAGCAAAUUAUUCAUGAACUGUCUUAGCUAUAGAAUUACGUGAUUUUCUUCUCAAUUACUCAAAGCGAUGCAGAACACCUUACUUUCGGUAUUUUUCUCUUUCAAGCAAUAAAUUUAACGUCCAAUUCUUUCUUUUUCAGGUUUUUUAGAUUUUCUAACGUUUUUUAUACGUCGAGUUCAUGCCAUGCUACCGCUGUCCUUCGAUUUCAUUAUUUUCGAUUUUUUCUGGAAAAUUUUCAAUAAAAAAGAUAUAGUAAAAGUAUUUGUUUUCUUUUAUGUAAAUAACAAAAUUUUAGUAGCUCUCUAUGUAAGUCGUGUUGAUCGGAUAGGGACGUAGUUGUGAGUAAGGGACUUAAAUGUUUAUUUGUUUCUUUUUUAUAUUAUCAAUUUCGAUUUGAUUCCUUUCUUCAUAAAAAAAAAAUUAAAGAAACGUAAAUGCAAACAGCAUUUCUCAGGUGUAUGUCUCAGGUUUUUAUUUUAUUUUGUCAAAGACACUGAUCUUUUUUUGAAUGCUCAAGACACUUUUCUCAUCACUUAUCGUGUUUUCAGAAACUAUGUGGAAUUUGAUUGCUGCCACUGCCAGCGAUAAUUCAAUAAAAGGACGAGAAAGAUCACUAUUAAAAAAUAGAAUAAAUGAUAACUUUUCUGUUUCGUCACAUUUCGUCGAAAGUUCAUCAUCUGUCACACCAUCUCCUUCACCGGAUCAAAAUAAUAUGUCUCAGUUUGAUUUACAAAACGAAGAACUAAGAAUAAGUUCAUCAAAUUCAUCCGAUUCAGAGGAAUAUCUUUUUGAUUCUAUCGAUGACAACACUCGCAAUGAACGAUUAAACGAUUUUCUAACAGACGAUAUCAACAUUGAUAAUGAUGUUCACAAUUACAUGGAUGAGGAUGAAAACAGAUAUUUCAGUAUAUACAAUCGUGACCUUCGUCCACUUCAUCCAUACACUAAUGUAAUAACAGGUGAAACCAAUGAAAGAUUUUUAGAAUUAAUUCGACGAGGCCUCAUUAAACGUAAUCUUUCUGAAAUAGAUUAUUAUUCAAAUCAAACUUCACCAAUAUUUGACAAUGAUAUAAUUAUCGGUGAAAGAUAUAGAAAAUUAAAAGAAACACAUAAUAAUCAUCCAUUUAUAUCUUUAAUUUUUCAUCUAAAUGGAUUUCCUUUAGUUAAAUCCACUAAAUUUUGUUUAUGGACGUUUUGA